CCAUUCGACGGCGGCUGUGGUUUAGCGACGGGUAAAUUCAGAGCGGCUCAGCUCCUACAAAUUGCCGCGUGAAGAAAUAUGUCGAGUGAACGCCGGCCAUUAUCACGAUGAUUGGCUAUUACGUCAACUACUUUCGUUUACAAAAUUAUGCGUAUUUCACUGAGGAAAUAUCCCAUCGAGUAAGACAGACAUGGGAAACUGGUGCGGCGGCAGCAAGCUUCAGGUCCAUGUUCAGCCAAGCUUCACCUACGAGACGAUUUUGGACCGGUACAUCGACUCCCACCUGCCGGAGCUGAUGAUGAACGCAGUGCAGCUCUCUGACCAUCGCUCUUCCCUCCCCAACUACACGUCCACGUGGGACGACCUGACCACCCAGCUGGAGACGACUCAGUUCGACCGGCGGCUCUCGAUGCGAAACGAGGCGGUGCAGAAGCUGUGUCCCGAGGUGCCGCAGCCGGAGGCGCCUGCGCAGCCGUCUCGCACUGGCGACGGUCAAGUGGCGCCGCUGCCGCCGGCGCCCCCUCCGCCGCCACCACCCCAGCCGGCGCCAGCCCCGUCCCAGCCGGCUCCGGCCCUGUCCAAGGAGUCUGCCGGCAAGGUGCUGUCGACGCCGGGCUCGACGGUGCGUGCGACGCUCUCCUCCAAGCCGUCGCUGCCGCCGAUCGCCCAGCGCUCGUCACAGGUGCGACGGGUGGCCGAGCAGCCGCCCAAGCCGCGCUCCACGGAGCCGCCGAGAGACGAGCAGCCGGAGCCGCCGCCGCAGGCCGCCCCGUCCCGCUCCACCACGGCCGGACAGGACGUGUUGCCGGCCAUCUGAACGCGGCAUAAUAGGUGCCCAACACUAGUUAGCAAUAGACCUAGACGGACAACCCAACAGCUCAGCGGCCCUGGCUUUAUAGUAUACAGGUUUGUCUCCACUAAAGGAAAAAGACAGGUUAGAAAAGUCGAUAUAUUUAAAUAUCUUUCAGCUUGCAACGCAUUUAAAUAUCCUUCAGCUUGUAACGCACGUGCAAAUACAGCGAAUUACCAACAGCA